UGCCGCGUCAUGGCGGGCGCCCACGUGGCGGCCGCACCAACCCUCAGGGAGGGGGUGGAGGUGGCGGUUGUGGGGGUAGCGGAGCCGGCGGUGGUGGUGGCGGGGUCGAGGGUGGCAGCAGUGGUGGUGGUGGAGGCAGUGGUGGCUCAUCUGGUAGCCGUGGGCACCGCACCAGCACCAGCAGCAGCAGCAGUAGCAGAAGGAGCAGCAGCAGCAGCAGAAGGAGCAGCAGGAGCAGCAGCAACAGCAGCAGCAGCAGGUGCAGCAGCAGCAGCGGAUGGAGCAGCAGCAGCAGCAGGAGGUGCAGCAGCGGAUGGAGCAGCAGUAGCAGCAGCAGCAGCAACCGCAGGCAGUGCAGCAACAGCAGCCGCAGCAGGAGGUGCAGCAGCAGCACCAGCAGUAGCCACAGCAGCAGCAGCAGCAGCAGCAGCAGCAGCCACUGCAGCAACCUCAUCGGCAUCGCCGCACCACCUCUCCCAGUAGCAGACAAGGACACCUGCGCAUUCAAGACAGAGCAACGGAGGAAACAUGGGAUUA